AGAGAGAAAACAGAGAAAAGAGAGGUGUGACAGAGUAAAGGAGCACUUGGCACACGGACAGACAGAGAGAGAGAAGAGGGGGGCGCUUGUUUUCCCCCCAUCUCCUCUCCCAUCGGCUUUAUAAAGUGAAACAGCCCUUUGAAGAGGAAGAGAGGGGGGCAGUCCUGUACUCCUGUACUCCCAUCCAGUCCGGACUGUAAAGAGCAUUUAGUGUGCCGACGCUAACCCAGAUACCAGACACGCACACACAGAGCGUCAGCCAGAGAGCCAGCUGAGGACCUGACAGAGCACAGGCAUGAACGACAUCAAGCUGGCCCUGCUGGGAAGCCAGGGGGCUGGGAAAUCAGCUGUACUUGUGCGGUUCCUGACAAGGCGCUUCAUCGGUGAAUAUGCCUCGAACGCCAAUUCCCUGUACCAUAAACGACUGUCAAUCGACGGCAGGCAGCUGAAUCUGGAGGUUUUUGACCCGUGCUCUCAGAGCUCGGAGGCCAGGUGUAUACUGGAGGAGCCGGUGGACUGGGCAGACGGCUUUGUGGUGGUGUACAACAUCAGCGACCGCACUUCCUUCAUCAAUGCCAAGAACAUCCUGCGGCAGAUCCGGGAGGCGCGCAUGGACAACUGCAAAGGGGACAAUGAGGUUCCCGUGUGUCUGGUGGGGAACAAGCAGGAUCUGUGUCACGUCCGGCAGGUGCGUGAGGACGAGGGCCGCUGCCUGGCUCAGGAGAACCGCUGUCACUUCCAGGAGGUCUCAGCGGCUGAGAGCUACCAGGACAUCGCCACCCUCUUCACCCAGCUCAUCCGGCAGGUGAUGGAGCACCUCAAGUACAGAGCCGACCGACGACGCUACAGCGGCUCCAAGUCCAUGGCCAAGCUCAUCAACAAUGUGUUUGGCAAGAGGAGGAAGUCAGUGUGAUGGUCCCAGUGAAGUCAACAGCUGGAGGCACCAGGCCGGUGUGUGUGGACCCACGAUAAAGGGAACUGGCCAACAGGUUACAUGCAGGGUCCGAAACUGAUCAGUAUGCGCACAUUAAUCUUUCACACUGUGAGCAACCUAGACAAUGGGUGGGAAAGUUUGGAUGGUGUCUGCAGCUACAGACAAACAUUAGUCUUGUAAAAAAAAAAUCUUUGGCAGGUUUUGUGCUUUCUGUUGCCUUGGUUUUGGCCAUAAUAUAAUUCUCUGCUUUAUUUUGUUCAUACUCUGAGCCAGAGCACUUACACAGACCAAACUUAACAGUUUUAUGUCUAUUUGUCUUUUUUCUGAACAUUUAUGCGAAGGGAUUUUUCCAGAUGUCUCUCAAAGCCUGAUUUAUACAACAUGUUGUUCUUUAAAAAUGGCAAAAAUAGUUCUUUUUAUAUGGUUGUUGACAGUAUUUUUAGAUUUGUGCAGUGACAAAAAAGAGAUAUCUAAACUUGUAAAUUUAACCAUUAAGAGGGAUUCCAAGUUGCUUAGUUUUAAGGGGCCACAAGCUCCUCAGAAAUAUUCAAUAUCAGGAACACAAUUCCCUUUUCCCAGUAUGGGGCAGCUGUGGCUCAGGUGGUGAAGCGGGUCAUCCACUAAUGGGAUGAUCGGUGGUUAGAUCCCCAGAUCCCCCGGCUGCAUGUCUAAGUACCCCUGGGCUGAAGCCCAAAUUGCUCCUGAUGAGCAGGUUGGCACCUUGCAUGGCAGCCAUCAGCUGUGGUUUAAUGUGACAAGUGUUGUCAAGUGCUUCGAGUGGUCAGUAGAGUGUAAAAGUGGUCCAUUUACCACAUAUCUUACAUAAGAAAUACCUGACUUUUCUGAUUAUUAUCAAAUUAUUCUAUGAUUUAUAUUUUGUUUAAAGGUCCUGCAAACACGAAACAAUGUUUCACUUAUUCUUAUUAUGUAAUUACGUAUUAAACUACUUGGGCUAAUAAGAAUGAUGAAAUGGUAAAUUGUGAGGAAAAUGUCAGUUAGUUGCACGUUUUCACACUGUUCACAAACAGGUGAACCAUGUGUACAUAGGGCCUUUCAUAACACAAGACAAAUAUCUCAAAUAUUGCACAACUUUGAAUAAAUAUGACCUAAAACUAUCAAAAUUGUGGCUACAAUCAGUAAAUAUCUCCUCACCAAACACCAUAUAAGACUAAGACCAAUCAUUCAGCGGCAACUUUUACUGCUUGGCAAGUUUUGAUAUAGCAGAUACUCAAAAAAUGGUAAAACCGUAUUAUUGGCGUCAACAGCUACUUUCCCAGCCUAUUUCCUGUCUGGUUUAUAGCUGCAGUUUUUCAUAUGAAGUCUGGAGAGGACCGGGAAGCUUUGAUUGGCUGUAAUCAGCUUCUCCUCCAUCUUUCACCUAUCAGACACAACUGUUUAUCAUUAACAGAAAUCACAACAUGGAGGAGACGGAUACAUUGUUGAUUAGCUUGUGACAGUGAAACGUUCAACUCGGGCCAAUUUUUCAUCAACAGUUCCCCCUUAAACUCCCACUGUGCUCACAUUGUGAACUCUGGGUUACAAACUCUCCCUGUUGUUACUGAAAGUAUCUUGUUAUCUUGUCUGCAUUUAUAAUGCAAGCAAAUGUGUCUUCAGAUCAGUGCUGUGCAGGUCUAUAAUGUUUUCUGAGGUAAAAAAGAGUCAGUUUUAAAGGAUUUUACUGACACUUUAAUGAACUUUGUGUGUAUAUAUUUUAUUGUUGCUACUCUUUGAAAGCCAUUUUGAUUGUUUAUAGUAGAUUACUAUACUGAUGACUGUCAUAUCUUAUACUCUCUAUGGUAGCCCUUACUAAAGGCAUCAUUAAUAUUCAUUCACAAGUACUACAAUGCAUGUAACCAUUUCAACUGGUCAAUUUAAUUAUUAUUAUUAUUAUCAUUAUAUUUAUUUGGUCUUUUCACAGAUUCUGAAAAAUUGAAAAUUCUCUUGCAUGUGACUUCUGACCUCUGUAAUAGUGGUAAAACUUUGAUAGUUGAUGAACAGAUAAUGAGUCAUUACAGUUAUUCAGGAGUAGCUGUAAUGAACAUAGUAGAUAAUGAAGAAAUACUGGUAAAUAGACUGUUGGGUACAAUAUUAAUGAAUCAUUACAUAAUGAUAAGUUCAUAAGUACCUAUGAAUCAACAAAGAUACCACUUUCUUAAUGAGUUGUUCCUGAUUAACUAUCAACCAGCCGCUCAGUGGCACGACUCAUUAAAUACUAAUUACUUAAUCAUUAUUUACCCUUUUUGUGUACCCUUUAGCAAAGUGAAACAUAAUUAUAUACAACAUUAAUUAAUGAUUAGGUAAUUAGUAUUUAAUGAGUCUAUUGGGUAGCUACUCCAUAUUACGUUUCACUUCCCUUGAAGGUACUUAAAGAGAGAAACUAAUGAUUAAGCAAUUAGUAAUUAAUGAGUCCUCGCUAGUUUGUUCCACUCAGCAGCUGGUUCAUUGUUAAUCAGGGACAGUACAUGAAGAAAGUGGUCACUCUGUUGAUUCUCAGAUAUUUAUGAGUUAAUCAAUUGCCUAAUGAUUCAACAAUGUUGUAUCUUCCAGUCUGUUCUCCAGUAAUCCAUCAUUAUCUACUAUACAGUUCUGGAAUCACAUCUAUUAAGGAAUCACUCAUUAAUUAAUUAUUUACUGUCAAGUUGUUCUAUCAAGUGAUUAAUUCCUUACUCAAUCCUCAGUAGUUACUCACACUUUUGUGUACCUCAUCAUAGAGCGUUGCCUUAAAACCCUACAAUCACACACCUAUCAAGAGCUUGAGCUCAUUUUAUUCUUUGCUGUUGUUCUUCUUAAACCUAGUUAUGUAACACAUUGUGAAAAAUAAGUUGACAUAUGAAGUUUUUUGUAGAUGAAUGUUCCUGUUGUAUAUACUGUAAAAACAUUGGAUGUUUCAGAGGAAAUUAAAGUUGCAUUGUUACAUUGCUUAAUA